UAGUUGGCCAAGCCCGCAGCGCAGGUACAAGGGAAGGGGCGGGCCCGACCUGUCCUUUCCCAGCCUAUCCGCUUGCAGCUCAUCUCUCGUCGAAUACAAAAUUAGUUUAUUGAACGAAUUCACCUCUGUAAGGAAAGUUUACCAGCUCUUCAUCGUGACGUUGUUUGGCGUCCUUACUGAUUGCAUUUCUGAUAAGCUGGGAAGAAUCCGAAAAAAGAAGAAUUACCUGUAGCUCGAGUUCUACCAUCUCCUCGGUGGCUUACUGUUCACCUUUUCCUGAACAGACUUGAAAGUCCAGUUUCGCAACAGAGAACAGGAGCACGAAGGAAAAAAAAGGGGAGUUGGAUCAAGUAUGUCACAGGAGACGGACAACAGCAAGAGAUUAGUGGUUGUGGUACCAAAUGAGGGAUCAUUCCAUUCCAGAAGAGCUUACACAAGUGAGGAUGAAGCAUGGAAAUCGUAUCUGGAGAAUCCUCUAACUGCAGCCACCAAAGCUAUGAUGAGCAUUAAUGGAGACGAGGAUAGUGCUGCUGCUCUAGGGCUACUCUACGAUUAUUAUAAGGUCCCUAAAGAAAAAAGAUUGCUGCAAUUAAAUAAAGUUGUUGAUGCUCAAGAUGGCCAAGAAAAAAGGAGCUGUUUAGAAGUAACUACUGGACAAAAUGACUUGGACUGUGUUGAUAAUAGAGUGCAAGUUCUAAAAUCUCUACCAGUAAAUUUGUCAUUGAACUCUGAUCACCUGGAGCCUUCUAAGAGGGAACAUUACAGCCCCCAUAUGCAAGAUGGGACUACAGGUGGAGUAUCUGCUGUCACUGUAGUGAAAGCUGAAGUUUAUGCUCCUGUUUUUAUGAGCCCUGGGGUCCACUACAAUCGAGGAGAUGGUGAAGAACAGCCACGGGUCAUAUUUGAGCAAACACAGUAUGAGGUCUCAACAGUUAGUCAUUCCAGCUACCUGAAAGAUGACCAGCGUAGUACUCCUGACAGUACUUAUGAUGAAUCUUUUAAAGAGGACCGUGAGAAAUACCACACAUCUUCACUGGGAGCUGAAGAAUUUGUUUUUGAACCACCAGGAGUAGACUCCUUUCAGUAUAUGCUUGAAGCCACAAAGUCUCUUCGGCAGAAGCAAGGAGAAGGCCCUAUGACUUAUUUAAAUAAAGGCCAGUUCUAUGCUAUAACCCUAAGUGAAAACGGAGCUAAUAAGGGUCUUCGGCAUCCAAUCAGCAAAGUUCGAAGUGUCAUCAUGGUUGUGUUUAGUGAGGACAAAAACCGUGAUGAACAGCUAAAGUACUGGAAAUAUUGGCAUUCACGACAGCACACAGCAAAGCAGAGAGUUCUUGAUAUUGCUGAUUAUAAAGAAAGUUUUAAUACAAUUGGAAAUAUAGAAGAAAUAGCUUACAACGCAGUCUCUUUCACAUGGGAUGUGAAUGAGGAAGCUAAGAUUUUUAUCACAGUGAAUUGCCUAAGUACAGACUUCUCCUCACAGAAGGGGGUAAAAGGACUACCACUCAUGAUUCAGAUUGAUACUUACAGCUAUAACAACCGAAGCAACAAGCCAAUUCAUAGGGGAUAUUCCCAGAUUAAAGUGUUCUGUGAUAAGGGAGCAGAAAGAAAAAUAAGGGACGAAGAAAGAAAGCAAAACCGUAAAAAAAGUAAAGGGCAGGGAACACCUCUGCAGUGCAACAAUGUUAAAGAUGGAAAUACAGCUGGAAAUACUUUAUCCAAAAAAGGAGACAUAACCUACUUCAAAACAAUGAGUGACCUAGACUCUCAGCCUGUCUUAUUUAUCCCUGAUGUCCACUUUGGUAAUCUGCAAAGGUCUGGACAGGUUUUUGCUUUCAACACCGAUGACAUGGAAAGAGAAGGCAGCAUAUUGGUGAAAAGAAUGUUCAGAACAUCUGAUGAUGACUUCUGCCCUCAACCCCCAAAGCAAAUUAAAGAGGAAACUCGAAAACGAGUGCUUCUGUAUGUACGUAAGGAAUUGGACGAAGUGUUUGAUGCACUAAUGUUAAAAUCGCCAACUGUGAAGGGGCUUAUGGAUGCUAUUUCAGAGAAGUAUGGCAUUCCUAUAGAGAAGAUGAUUAAGAUAUACAAAAAGAGUAAAAAAGGGAUUUUGGUCAAUAUGGAUGACAACAUCAUUGAGCAUUACUCAAAUGAAGACACAUUUAUACUGAAUAUCGAGAAUAUUUGUGAUGCUUACAAAAUCACACUAACAGAAAUCUAAACAAACUUUACUUUUGUAAGAACCCUUGAUGGAAGUCAUCUGUGAAUUUAAAAGGCAAAAAGUGGGACAAAAUCAGGUCUAGGGUGCCUGUUAACAAACCUUAAAGAUGCGCUGUUCUUUUUUUUUUUUUUUUCUCCUCAGAGAAGUUGAAUGAUUUUCUUUAUUUUUAUAUGUGCUUCAUUUGUCAAGCAAACUGUUGCUUUUACCUGAGAAGUUCAUAUUUCAUACUGGAAGGACACGGGCUUAUUGCCAAUUACAGGGUUUAUUGCUAGUCUCAAAGAACCUGUGCUGCUUUUAGAGUAUUAGUUAAAUCGCAAUUUCACUGGGAUUUUCAGGGCAUAAGAGGUAAAAGCCAUUCAUUUUGAUUAUUAAACUUGCCAUUUUUAAUUUUGAUAUCCACAAGUCAACAGUAAAGCUGGCAAACAUUGAAGAUGACAAAGAAGAAUUGUCUUACAAAACCUAUAGCACUGGUCUACACAGUAAUUACAAAUGGCUAGCUAAAAGGCUCCGCAGAAGGGGAAAGCAUCAUGGAAAUAGGAACAUAAUUGAUUAAGACAUUGCUGAUAUUAAUCACUGGAAGACGCAGAAGAUGAUUUUUCAAUAUCAAUUGAAAAAGAAGUCUAUACAGAAGAGAUAACCAUGGAAAAAUAUCAGUGUGAAAUUUGUAAAUGGUAGCUAUGAGAAUUCCUUGAAUGCGUAUGUGAUGCUUUCUAAUUUGAGAAAUUGUUGUCAUAUAUUGUGGUUGGGGUGGUCACAGCUUGUUAUAAAAUUGUCAUAUACAUUUUAUUCUGCAUGGAUUAGUCUUUCAAAUGCAUUAUUCUAUGGUAUAUUUCAGAAUAUUAUGUACCCUACCUAGAGGAUAUAAAAUAGAGCAUUGGAAAGCCACUGUAUAAUUUUUCAGGUGAGUAGAGAAGUGCUCUUCAGCUCUGUAAAUGUGUAGCGUUAUGGAUACUGCUUUCAUUCCACAUUCACGAAAUAACUCUGGGACUUUUUAAAUGCCCGUCUUUAUUCUUAUUUUCACAUAACUAUACUGAGAAAUAGAUAUUUUAUUUUUGGUUAACAUAAAUGUAGUUCAUUAUUAAUGUUGCAAUUAUUUUUAUACAUAUAUAUCUUUUACUGUAGAUCUUUUUACAUGUUUGUGACCAGAAAAUGUGUUUUGGGAAAAGGUCUCUUUAUAUUGUAUGCUGUUUGUAUAAUAAAUAUUAUUAUUUUAAUAUACUACUAGAAAGCUUGGAUUCAUCCAAAUCCAUAGUCUUUGGUGAUAUGUUUUGCAAUGAUAAAAAUGUGAAUUUUAGGUAAUACUCAAAAUAGUUCUUCAGUAAAUUUUUUUUGAAGACUGUUUGUAUAAUAAACAUUUCUUGUUAAACUGACCAGUGCAAACUUUCAUAAGGAUGUUAGAACAUUUUGUCACUUGUGCAUGAAAGAUCUUUAAGGAAAGGGAAGCUUUAAUGGAAUUCAUACAAUAUGUAGGAUUUUACAAGUGGGUUGAGGACGUUUUUUUUCCUACUAGUAGUAAUGUCAUUCCUCUCAAUAGAUGCAAAGCUACACGUAUUCCAAUAUAAUUUGACACCAGACUAUUGUAAUGACUCCAUUAUAAGCUUAAUACAAAGAUACUUUCAGGAUACAGCUGCUGUUGAACAUAUAUUGUAGGUUUAAAGAUAUGUAAGAAUGUGUCUUGUUUUGCACUGCUUUUUACAAUAAAUCUUAUCUAAUGUGA